AUGGCGUCGGGCGUGGGCAACCUGCUUGCCGAAUACCUCAAGUCACCCGAUGACUUGGCCAAGAUCCCCAGCUUGCAGCGCAAGCUUGCGCGGGAGCAUGCGUCGCUCUCGGCAAAGCUAAAGAUGGGCGCCAAGGACCAGCUUGAGAUGACCAGGGAGGGUCUGCUUCAGCUGCAUUCGACGCGGCGUGAGAUUGCCGGCGUCCAGGAAAAGUUUGCGCAGAUUGAGAACAUGUUUCAGGAUACCAGUGAUGGCGCACACGGCGAGACGCGCGGCGCUCGUAGUUUUCGCGUUAUCAGUGAGCUGUCGCGACUGCGGCGCACGCUGGUGCAGACGACCGAUCUCCUGACGCGGUUUGAGACGAUGACGCAGGAUGUUAAAAAGCUCUCUGAGGUACUGGCACAGUACCGCGCGGACCUCCUUGGUCCUGCUCCGGAGCUACUGGCCCUGCAUUUCCAGCUGGCCAAAUGGGAGACUUUCCGCAAUGAGACGCUGCAUCUCGCCGGUUCGAGUGCUCCAGACGCGCGCGAGCAGCUUAUGUCGAUGCUCACGCCGCUGGAGGAGCUCUUGGAUGGUUUUGAGGCCUACAUGCUUGCGCUCUUCGUGAAUGUGCUCGCUCUUGUGCAGCGCGGGCAGAACAGCGUGGUGGUACGCAUGGUCAAGAUCAUGGAGCGCGAGAACCGCGAGGACGAGCGCACCGCAGCGAUCCGACUCGCCAAGCAUGCCAAGAUCGAGGGAGCAGCGCGUCUCCACGGGAUUGCCACGUAUGGCCACAGCAUCAAACUGUACUGGCACAAGUUCCGCGAGUCGCUGCAGAUGAGCGCGCUGCGCCGGCUGCAGGAAACGUGGACCCAGCUCGCGGAGCCGAGCCCCCGUGCGCUGUAUGAGCAGAGCAGCUGGCUCUACGAUGAGCUGGAGCAGGUGCGACGCUCCGUGGUGCCGCUCUUCCCGGCUGAAGUCCAGGUGCACAAAAUCUAUGUACAGGCGCACCACCGCGCUCUCGGCGAGCUGCUCCAGACUGAGGUGCCGCUCGAGGAGGCCGAUGCCGCAUCGCUGCUGGAGCUGUACCAUGUGGCGCAGGAGCACGAGGCGCGUCUCACGCGCGACGGCCAGGGCAUCGACGCCUCGUGGCUAGAGCCGUCACUGUUAGGCGGCCGAGAACAGAGCAUCAUUGAUGACUAUGCGAGUCUGCUCACGCGCAAGAUGGACGACUGGACGGCGAAUCUCAUGUACGGUGAGAUUGCCGCAUUCGUUCAGCGGGAAAAAGCGCCGGACGAAACGGCCGAGGGCAUGUACCAGCUCUCGACGUGCGUGAUCUUGUUCCGUAUGCUCAACCAGCAGAUGGAUCUGGCGCAGCAAACUGGGAGCGACGACCUGUUCGUGCGGAUCGUCGACCAUGCGUGCGUUGUGAUGCACAAUUGCCAGUCGUCGUGGAUGCAGAUUGUGCAGCAAGAAUUUAAGAAGCAGACGACGGCCAAGCGGCCCGAGGAAGUGAAGGGGGGCCUGGUCGAGUACCUGAUUGCCUUGGCCAACGACCAGCUGGCCAGCGCCGAUGAGUCGGAGCGUCUACUGCACCGACUCGAAAAGCAGGUCGGCCCCACGCACCAGGGCCACGUCCGCGAGGUGCUCGACCAUGCGCUCAACGGCUUUCUGGACAUUAGCAAGCACUGCGUGCAGUUGCUGGUCGAGAUGGUCCUCUUUGACCUGCGCCCUGCCUUCAAGGAUCUGUUCACGUUCCCUGCAUGGUACAUCGAAGGCACAACAGCCACCAUCACCGAGACUGUACGCGACUAUGCCGGCGACUAUGCCGCGCGCCUCGAGCCGAACCUGUACGAUGUGCUGUCCGACGACCUUAUCGCGCGACUGCUCACGGCGUACCUGACGAACUUGUACCGCUCCGCCCGCCUGCGCAUGCCCAAGGCGGCCGAGCGCUUCAAGGUCGACAUUAGCGAGCUGGAGAACCUGGUGGCCUAUGUGCGCUCCGCCGACGAAGCUGCGUCGCGCCUGGAAGUGCUUCACAUGAUCCAUGCCAUCCUCAGCGCGCCGCCGUCGAUGGUAUUCUUGCCGUACUGGACAUUUGCCAAGGCACACGGGCCCAACCUGCCGUUCUUUGAGGCCCUGCUGCGUGCUCGUGACGAUAUCGAGAAGAGCGACAUUACGCCGCUGCUCGACAGCGCCAAACGCAAGGUGCAGCAGGAGCAGCUGCCUGAUGUGCCGCCCGAUGGUCCCACCAUCAUGACCGUCGUGGCGCAGACGCCUACGUCUGGCUUCUCGAGCCUGUUUCAAGGCUGGCCCACGGGGCCCGAUGGCCUUGCGUGGAGCGCUCUGGCGCAGAGUGCGCAGACAUACUUGGGCGCCGCCAGCUGGCGGCGCGAUGCGUAG